AUGAGGAGUAGAAAGCGGCUCGGCGAUUGGUUGCUUCAAAAGCAACGAUUAAGUAGUAUUGUUCCAAUUCCCGGGGAUAAUACAAAACGAUUGAUAUUAUUAAAGGAGUCAGUAACGGAGAAAUCGCUUGAGCAGCUUCCGGAAGACUUGAGACGGUGGGUUUUGGAUCAGGAGGACGUUGAAGUUGUAAAUCAUUCUCUGACACUCGACUAUAAUUAUUUCACAGCAAACGAAAUUUUGUCUCGUAUUCUCCCUCAGGGUUCCGAGAUUCCAUCUGCCUUUGAGCAGGUCGGUCAUUUAAUCCAUUUAAACCUUCGUGACGAGCUUCUUCCGUACAAAUAUGUAAUCGGCCAAGUGUUGCUCGAUAAGAUCCCAACCUGCAAAACGGUGGUCAACAAAGUGGGUAAAAUCGACACAGUGUUCCGGACCUUCGACAUGGAGCUGCUGGCAGGAGAAGACAACACGGUGGUGAGUCUGAAAGAAGAAAACUGCAUUUUCGAAUUCGAUUAUCGGAAAGUGUACUGGAACUCGCGUCUCCAGCACGAACACGCGCGGCUGGUCGCAACGUUCGCGAAGACGGACGUGGUAGCGGACAUGUUUUGUGGGAUUGGUCCUUUUGUGUUGCCCGCUGCGAAGAAAGGCUGCGUAGUGUAUGGAAAUGAUUUGAAUCCGUGCUGUUUUGAGUAUCUGAAUAAAAACCUGAAGUUGAACAAGUUGGAAAAGAACGUCAAGACGUUCAACUUGGAUGCUCGCGAGUUCAUUACGCAGAUCGCGAAGGACGAUAUCCCCAUCACUCAGAUUGUUAUGAAUCUUCCCGUGUCCGCUGAGCUCUUUUGCGACGUGUUUCGAAGCUGCUUUAGCAACUUCUCUCACCCGCUUCCGAUGGUCCAUUGCUAUAUGUUUAGCGCCGCGGAGGAUCCUGUCCGCGACUCCAUUCAUCGAUUGGAAGGGAUUUUGAAGGCGUCGCUCAGUUCAGAAACGACGGAAGGAAGGCUGAUUCGCGAUGUGGGGCCGAAGAAAAUGAUGACGUUGGUGUCGUUCCGUCUGACGGAGGACAUGAUUGAUCGGUGCAAUAAACGAGAAAAGGAUGUGGAGGGAGAAGAGGGUGAGGGAAAACGAUUGAAAGUUUGGAUUGUUUGUAUAGAAAUAAUAGUAAUCAUAAUGAUAAUAUGA